AUGCCUCCUUUCGGACGUGGUGCUCCUCGCGGUGGUGCCGGCGGCCGAGGUGGUCGCGGAGGAUUUGGUGACCGCGGCGGUCGCGGCGGUGCCCGUGGAGGUCGCGGAGGCUUCGGUGACCGUGGAGGUCGCGGUGGCUUUGGUGGUGGCCGUGGUCGUGGCGUUGGCAAGCCCAUGGGCGGCCGUGGAGGAGGUCGCGGCGGCGCUCGCGGUGGCCGCGGCGGCGGUGCUGGCCAGAGGGGCGGUGCCAAGGUCAUUGUCGAGCCUCACCGUCACCCUGGUGUCUUUGUUGUCCGCGGCGGCAAGGAAGAUGGUAUCGCGACCCGCAACAUCACCCCUGGCGAGUCGGUGUACGGCGAGAAGCGCGUGUCCGUCGACGAGGUUCAGACCAACGAGGAUGGCAGCCAAACGACCACAAAGGUCGAGUACCGCACCUGGAACCCCUUCCGUAGCAAGCUCUGCGCUGCGAUUGCUGGUGGUGCCGACGACAUCUACAUGAAGCCUGGCUCGCGCGUGCUGUACCUCGGUGGUGCCUCUGGUACCUCCGUGUCCCACGUAGCCGAUCUUGUCGGCCCUACUGGGUUCGUCUACGCCGUCGAGUUCUCCUCGCGCUCCGGGCGUGAUCUCGUCAGCAUGGCCUCGAAGCGCACCAACGUCGUCCCCAUCGUCGAGGACGCCCGUCAGCCCGCCCGCUACCGCAUGGUGGUGCCCAUGGUUGAUGUCAUCUUUGCCGAUGUGGCCCAGCCUGACCAAGCCCGUAUCGUUGCUAUGAACGCCAACUGGUUCCUCAAGGCCGGCGGUGGCGUGCUGAUCUCCAUCAAGGCCAACUGUAUCGACUCGACGGCGCCUGCUGCCGAGGUCUUUGCCGCCGAGGUCCAGAAGAUGCGCGCAGACGGCAUCAAGCCCAAGUUCCAGCUUACUCUGGAACCUUUUGAGCGUGAUCACUGUCUUGUCGCUGGCAUCUUCAACCGCACACAAAAGUCGGCUUAG